CCUCUUGCCACGCCCAACCGCAGACGACCACAAAAAAACCCAAGGUGAGCAUCGAUUGACUCGUCGCGCGGGGUGUAUACGUGGCACAGACUGAACCGCAUCCCACUUCACGUCCUCCAGACGCACAAUUUGAGUGCACCUACAAAAACACGAUGAUCACCAGCGCGGCAAACGAGCAGCUCCCUCCCAUCCAGCGCGACCUCAAAGCCCCGCUCCAGACACAGCCGGCACCCCCUUCGUAUGCAGAAACCUGGGUCGCGGACGCCUCGUCGCGCGCAGCCAUCCCCGAGCCCGCUCCCUCUCAGUCAGCGCCCACCCCAGGCCCGUCAUCUGCGGGAGCCUCUCCAUCGCAAGCGACUCCUACUGAUGCGCCGCCCGUCCAUAGCCCCGACGUCCCCCCCUACGCAUCGCACUCGCAGGCGCCAUUCGCGCACAUCGCGCCCGCGGAACCGCUCCCUGCCUCCUCCCCGCACUCGUAUGAUCCCAACAACGCGGGCUCGAAGGUCAAAGGCUCCGGCACAGGGAGCAAGUUCGCGAAAGCGAUCGGGCAGAGCGCCGUCGCAGUGAUCACGAUGCCUGUGAUCAUAGCCGCGGCCGCGCUCUACGGGACGGGCAAGCUGCUCGAGGGCAUCGGGAAAGGCUUGAGUGUCGGGCCGGAGGCGCUGUUGAAGGCGUACAAGAAGACGAACGGGAGGCCGGAGGCCAUCGUCAACCCGUACGUCGAUGGCCAGGGCGGGGUGGGAGAUGCGGGUCGGAGGGAGGGUCGUGGGUCUAGGCGGCACAAGAAAUAAUGCGCGUGGUGCCAGUGAGUGAAUCUAUCUAUUUGUGGUUUGAGGAGCGGACUUGGAGCUAUGACGGGCGUCGACUAUAUGGGCCGCCGAAUGGACGUGGUGCUCAACUAGCAUAUCGCAUUUUAUUCACAUUUGGCAAAGACUGUACAACAGAGACGAUCGCAUAAUCUAUGCGCAAAUACCAGCGACUGACAC